CAGAAAAGUCGACGAGAACGGGGCCGUCGAGAGCUCCUUUAAGAACAUCACUUCUUUUUAUAGUUAUUGAAUCGAAAGUUUUUUUUUUAAACAAAUUUUGGAAACUAUUAUAAAGACGUUGUGACGAUAAAAAGAUAAAGAAGAAAAGAAGAGAAGAGAGGGGAGGAGAGGAAGAAAAGGAAAAGAAAAGGAGAGAAAAAAAAAUAAGAAAAAAGAAAGCAGAAAGGACGAAGAAAAAUAGAACAACCAUAAUGAGGUGUACAAUGAUGACUCUGGUGGCUGCGAUCAGCGUUCUCGCAUUGGUCAACUCACAUCCUGUGCCACAAGAAAGAGGGUUUCGAUCUGAGGCUCUCGAUCGAUUGUUAAUGGUCGAAGCGGACAAGGAAGCUGCACUGAGGAGUAAAAGGACAAUCGGUAUCCUUCGUCAACUGUUUCCAGACAUCUCUCAGGACGUGAAUCCUGAAGCAGAGAAUCGAGUUAACGAGGUUGGGUCUGAAUCACAGAACAACGAAGUACGAGUGCAAUUUGCCGACGAACAAUCAGCGAAUGAGGCGGUACCAAAUUUGACACCAUUGGAGGACGUCGAAAGUAGCGACGACGAGAACAGAAAUAAAAGGUUCUUGAACUUUGGCUUAGGGGCAAGUGCAGGUGGCAGCGGAGCAGGCUCAGGCAACUUCCUUUUUGAUAUAAUCAGACAAGCAGCCGACGGGGCGGCAAGAGCGGCGGGCACGGUUUACCGCGUUGUCGCCGGCACGCAGAGCCUAGGGCUCGGUCUUAGCGCCUCGCGAGACGUCGCUGCCGCCGCCCCUGCUGCUGCUGCUGCUGCUCCUGUUGCUUCCUCCACCCCUGGCGCACCCUCGAUGGCCGAUGCAUCCUCAACAGCCGCCCCUGAGUCAGCAGCCGGCACUCAACCACCGCUGGUAGCAGGAAGCGGUAGUCAAAGUAAUUCAUCUGGCGAUGCUUCCGCCGGAAGGACAGAUGGUACACAAGAAGCUGUACCUGGACCUAUCACCAGGCUCUUCGUUAUUGCCAAUCGAGGAAUAUCGAAUCUUCUUCAAGAUCUCAUACUCCGCUUAGCUGCCACAAGCGAACGUAUCGUCAACUUCAAGGCACGAUUAAUUACCUCGAUUAUUUAGGCUCGUUUAAAGAAAAUAUUAUGAUACAGAUCUAUGAAAACAUUCGUGAGUCUUCGUAGAAAUACACGUAACGAAUCGUGAUUCGAGAAAAAGCCACCAUCACCGUCACAUCUGCUCCCCCUUCAUGCCGGAGGACCACUGGGUACGAAGUCGACAACAUUAUCGACAUAUUUUUUUUCUUUCAUCUCUCUCUAGCUCUCUCUCUCUCUCUCCCCUUAUUUUUCUACAUUAUACCAUUUCUCCAGACUUUCUAUACGUCGAAUGUUGUCCCCUUUGUCCCGGAGAUCCAUAAAAAAAAAGAAAAAAAAAAAAAAAAAAAAAAGAAUAAUUAUUCUCGUCGAUUAUUGCUCCAUACGAUGUUUCUUCUCUCUUUCUUCUUCUUCUUCUUUUCUUUUUUUUUCAAAAUUAUACUAUAACCAAUUAUUUUUAAUUCAUACUUCCAACUUCCCCCUUUCAUUUCUGCUAUUCGAUUAAUUUCAUCGUCUUUCCCCUCCCCCCCUCCCACCCACCUUAGACGAUGGACGAUUAAUCACUUUUACGAAUCUAUGAAGAAAUUAAAAGAAUAAUAAAAAAGAAAAAUGAUAAUAAUAAAAACAAAGAAUUUCACAAGAGAACGUGUCUUAUGCUGUUGCGACGAUUAAAAGAAAGAGAAGAAAAGGAAAAAAAAAAAAAGAAAGAAACGAUUUAUCCUCUCUAAUUGAAGCUUAUCUCGCACGAUUAGAACUAUCGCAUAAGAUGCGCUUAUUUCGAUGAUCGAUGAGAGAGAAAAAAAAAAACGACGAAUUGCGCCUACGUAACGUUGUUCUGCAAAGUUUUGUACAUAGACCUGUGCCCCCGCCCCUCAACCGUCGUAUAACCACUGCCCGUCUCUUCUAAGAACCACGUUCCACAGCGCCAGACACUGAUUGUUUUCCUUUUUAUUUUUUAUUUUUUAUUUUUGUUUAUUUUUCCUUUUUUAAUUAUUAUUAUUAUUAUUAUUAUUAUUAUUAUUAUUAUUAUUAUUAUUAUUAUUAUUAUUAUUAUUAUUAUUAUUACUACUACUACUACUACUAUUAUUAUUAUUAUUAUUCCAUAUCAUCUCUCGAUUAAGUGCAAGCGUACCUCUUUGCCCGUUCCUCAAGUAUUUUUUUUUUUUUUUUUUUUUUUUUUUUUUUUUUUUUUUU